CUUUUCUACUUGCGAGGAGGGGGCAAAACUUUCCGACACGCCCUCUGCCCCGCCCCGGGCCCAGCGGGGGCGCUGGUUUGGCUGGGGCAGGCAAGCGAAUGACGAAGACGGGAAGCCCCGCCUCCCUCCGCACCUGUGGGCGGGGCCUUGCACCUGCCUGAGCCGACGGGCGCCCAGAGGGGCAAAGACUGUCCAGCGCUCGCCGCCUGCGCUUAUCUGCCUCGCCUCUCGCGCCGAUGGGGAGGUCGCUGCUUCCAGGACGCCCGUCGGGGCUCCACCUCUAUCUGCUGCUGCUGCUGCUGCUGCUGCUGCUGCAGGCUGGAAGGUGGCUUUGUGAGGAGACGGCGGCCCAGUGCCAAUCAGGCUUCAGACCACGGAAUUAUAUUUUCAACGUGCCCAGAUCUGACUUGGAAAGACAUCGAGUGUUGGGCAAAGUGAACUUUGAGGGAUGCUCAGGGAGGACCCACCCAGCCAUUGCUUCGGGCGACACUCACUUCAGGGUGCGCCCGGAUGGUGCUGUUGUGGUGAAACGGCCCCUGCAACUCUAUAUCCACGAAUGGAACUUCUUCAUCCAUGCCUGGGAUGCGGCUGGCAAGAAACACUCUGCCAAGGUGACGCUGCGGAGUCGUGGCCAUGGAUCCCACCACCAGCACCGUCCUCAUGCGGAGCCCUAUCACCUUGGCCAUGGAGAGGUGCUAACCUUCCCAGAAUCCAGCCCAGGCCUGAGGAGGCAGAAGAGGGAUUGGGUCAUCCCACCAAUCACUUGCUCCGAGAAUGAGAAGGGCCCUUUCCCCAAGAACCUGGUGCAGAUCAAAUCUAACAAGGAGAAAGAGACGACUGUCUUCUACAGCAUCACUGGGCAGGGAGCCGACAGCCCGCCCACUGGCAUCUUCAUCAUUGAGAGGGAAACUGGCUGGCUGAAGGUGACACGCCCGCUGGACAGAGAGGCCAUCGACAGAUACAUUCUGUUCUCCCAUGCAGUAUCUGCAAAUGGGCAGCCCGUGGAGGACCCCAUGGAGAUCAUCAUCAAGGUCAGCGACCAGAAUGACAACCGGCCCGUGUUCACCCAGAGCGUCUUCGAAGGGUUCGUAGCAGAAGGAGCCAAGCCAGGUACCCAGGUGAUGCAAGUGUCUGCCACUGAUGACGAUGAUAGUGUGGAUACCUACAAUGGGGUCAUCACCUACUCCAUUAUCAGCCAGACCCCCCAAGAGCCCUACAAACAAAUAUUCACCAUCAACAGUGAAACGGGCUGGAUCAGUGUGAUCACAACAGGCCUUGACAGAGAGAAAUUCCACAACUACACGCUGAUCCUCCAAGCUGCAGACAUGUUAGGACAAGGCUUAACCACUACAGGGACAGCAGUGAUUAUCGUCACUGACAUGAAUGACAACCCGCCAAUAUUUGACCCGCUCACGUACAUUUCAGCUGUGCCAGAGAAUGACAUAGGGUACCAGGUUGCCAGGCUGAUGGUGAAAGAUGCCGAUCAGGAAAGCACUCCAGCGUGGAACGCCAAGUACGCCAUCGUGAAAGGGAACGAAGAAGGGAACUUUGCCAUCUCCACUGAUCCCCAAAGCAAUGAUGGCCUUCUGACGACAGCUAAGGCUCUGGACUUUGAGAAGCAGCAACAGUUUGUCCUUCAAGUUACUGUGGUGAAUGAAGUUCCCUACUCAGUGAAUCUCCCGACUUCCACGGCCACGGUCACUGUCAACGUGAAGGAUGAAAAUGAAGCCCCCGUCUUUGUUCCACCCGAAAAGUCUGUGUCGAAGCCUGAAGACCUCGCCGUUGGCCAGCCAGUGGCCACUUACACCGCUCAGGACCCCGAUAAGCUUCAGCAACAAACAGUCAGGUAUUUCAUUGGGAGUGACCCGGCUGGGUGGCUGAAGAUUAAUCCUGAAACCGGCAUCAUAGAGACUAGAGCCCCUCUGGACAGGGAGUCAGAAUUUGUGAGAGACAGCACCUACAUGGCUAUCAUCUUUGCGAGUGACAAUGGGACCCCAUCAGCAACCACGGGCACAGGAACUCUGCUCGUGCACCUGGAGGAUGUGAAUGACAAUGGGCCAGAGCCAGAGCCGCGAUCCUUUGACAUCUGCAACCGGAGCCCUGAGCCCAAGAUGCUGAACAUUGUGGACAAGGACCUUCCUCCAAACACCUACCCCUUCUCUGCAGAGUUGCUCCUGGGCUCCAGCGCCAACUGGACAGUCCGGAUGAACAAAGAAGACAGCCUGAUCCUCGAACUGACCAAGCAGCUGGAUCCGGGUGAAUAUAGCAUUUCCCUCCAGCUGACCGACGGCCAGAGGCGGUCCCAGAUGACAACAGUCAAAGCGCAAGUGUGCGACUGCGAGGGAGUGGUCAAGAACUGCGAGAGAAGGGCCUUCAUAGCUGGCGGGAUGGGAAUCCCAGCCAUCCUGGGGAUCCUUGGUGGCAUCCUUGCUGUCCUGAUCCUGUUGCUCCUGCUGCUGCUGUUUGUGAGGAGGAGGAAGACGGAGAAGGAGCCGCUGCUUCCGCCAGAGGAUGACACGCGAGACAAUGUCUAUUACUACGAUGAAGAGGGUGGCGGAGAGGAGGAUCAGGACUAUGAUCUGAGCCAGUUGCACCGCGGCCUGGAUUCUCGCCCCGAAAUUACCCGCAAUGAUGUUGCUCCAACUCUCAUGCCAGCUCCACAGUACCGCCCGCGCCCUGCCAAUCCUGACGAGAUAGGCAACUUCAUUGAUGAGAACCUGAAGGCCGCAGACACAGACCCUACGGCCCCCCCAUAUGACUCUCUGCUCGUCUUUGACUAUGAGGGCAGUGGCUCUGAAGCAGCCUCCCUCAGCUCUCUGAAUUCCUCCAACGGUGACAGAGACCAAGACUACGACUACCUGAAUGACUGGGGCAACCGCUUCAAGAAGCUGGCCGACAUGUAUGGAGGUGGUGAGGAAGAAGACUAGAUGUGACUGGAAUUAAGUAGGGCUUUGCUCUCUGUGUGUGGAGGGGGAGAGAGAGAGAUGAGACCCACCUGUCCUCAACUUUUCCCAGCAGCUGACUAUUGGUCAUAUUUGCUGCUCUUGCUAUAAGUUGCCAAAGUACUGCAUAAAACUUGCCUUCCUUCCAGUGUUGGUUCCUCUUAGGGUACAUUCAAAUUACCACAUUUUCCACAUAAUAAUCAAAUUAUAGUUUUGUCCUUUUGAAGCUUCUGACAAAGGGUGAGUCACACUUAUUUACCAAAGAGGAUUUCCAAAUAGUCAAGAGCUGCUAUUCAAUAGUGUACGGACCGCUUCUUGGAUCACUAUUAAGAGCCUGUGAGGCAAUUUGCCAAACGGCCCUGACUGAUGAUCAUAAAAAUAAUAGAAUGCUGUUUUCUAAUGCAUGGGCUAAAAUUUAAGCAAUAUUUUAGGCAUGGUUUCAAGUCUUGCAGUUCUGUGAAAUGCAGACCAGUUCCAUGAUCCGAAAUGAACUCUUUGGGCUCCCCUAGUAACAAUGCACUUUAGGUAUUUCUAUCACUGUGACUCCAAAGCACUAACCAAAUAUUUUAUUCUCAGGCUGCUGUGUGUAUUUGGCAUUUCAAAGGCUCAAUGGCUGCAAAGAUGCUUGAUGUUAGAUGAAAAACUUGGAAGCUGAGGCUGGUUUUCUAGUGGUUGGGGAAUAGGCCUGGCUUUACCCUUCCCUAAAAACAGCAGGAGCAGAAUAUGCUGUACAGGGAUUAUCUGUAGACACACCUGAUGCAUGCUGCAUAACUCAUUUUUCCUUGAUGGAGAAUUCUAGCGGGCUCCUUGAGUUUAUAGAAGUGUUGUUUUAGUGCAAAAUAAAAACUGCUGUGGUCAUUCCAAAUUGUUAAGGUGCAAUCCUAUACAUGUCUACUUGGACAUAAUCCAUUUUAGUUCAUUGCAGCUUACUCUCAUGCAAGUGUGUAUAGGAUUGCAGCCCUAGAUGGUAGCAAGAUUUAAGUGGGAACAGUAAGAAAUGCCUGAAGUGGCAGAAGCCCAGCUGAACUCUUACGGGAGGGAUGAAUUUUUAUGAGGGUUCCUGAUUCAGCUGGUCCCAACAAGUGCCUUUGCCCCACAACCUUCAAACUGAAUGCCUGUCCAUUCUCUUAGGGACCUUUUGCCCAUUGGGCAUUGGUACAAAUGGACCAAGUGUACGCUCCCCACAAUAUUACAGGUGCAUGUUAUCACCAUCACACGAUCAUGCAUUUUCUAACCAUGUUUAGAGCCCACUUUCAGCCCAUGUUGCUGCGUAUUCAGGAGUAGGCAGCACAAGUGGAAACUACAUUGCCCCUCCUGGCUUCCCAACACUGGGGAGGUUGCUGCUGCUUACUGGGAAGCAGAGUGGUGAGGCACAGGGUGCUCAGCGCAGUGCAGCAGAGCCAAUGCGAGGCUCCUGCCACUGCGCCUCCCCCCUUGGUCAGUAGCAGUGACCUGCGUUGCUAGGAAGCUGGAAGAGGAACGCAGCCCCACCCGUGUUGCCCUGCUGGCCACUACUGCGUGUAUUGUAUUUUUUUGUACACUGUUGUGCAUACAUUUUCCUGUCUGUUUGUAUAAAAUGCAGUUGAAUCACUUUCUUCUGGUGCACUUGUCAAGUAAUCAGUCAAGUCAUGAUACCGUAGGUGGACUUUGUGGUUAAGGUGCCAGCUGUUUCCUGCUAAGUUUUUUUCCAGAGUUUAGUGCUUUAUAUGAUUACUGUACAAUUAAUAAGUGUUUUUUUUAAAGUGGCUUUCUCUGGUUUUAGGUCUGUAUAUUUAGCUUUCCUUUUUGAAUAGGUAAUGUUCUGAAUGUAUGUGUGGGACAUGACUUAAAAGCCAUUAUUUACCACUUUAUUUUACAUGAUACUUUUUAAUAAAAUUUUAAUAAAGUUUUUUCUGUAAAAAAAA